AUGACCGCCCGCCCUAGCGUCCUCUUUGUCUGCGUGCACAACGCCGGCCGCUCUCAGAUGGCGGCAGGUUACCUCCGCCACCUCGCUGGCGACAAGAUCGAAGUGCUCUCUGCCGGAUCCGCCCCAAAAGACUCAAUCAACCCGCAGGUUGUUGAAGCGAUGCGUGAAGAGGGGAUCGAUAUAGCGGAGCAGCAGCCCAAGAUUCUCACUGAAGAUGCAGUGCGGGUCAGCGACGUUGUUGUUACUAUGGGAUGCGGCGAUGCGUGUCCAUACUUUCCUGGGAAGCGCUAUCUGGACUGGACGCUUGAUGAUCCGGCAGGGCAAGGGUUGGAAGCUAUACGGCCUAUUAGGGAUGAGAUUAGGAAAAGGAUUGAGGGACUUGUUGCUGAGCUUCUACAGUCCGCGUGA